AUGAGUCGUCCGCAGGAAGAAAAGCCUUGUUGUCCGCUCUGCGCGGAGGAGAUGGAUUUGACAGAUAAGCAAUUGCACCCGUGCGAGUGCGGUUACGAGAUAUGCCUUUGGUGUUGGCACCAAAUAGUGGACAUGGCCGAGAAGGACGAGAGGGAAGGGCGAUGCCCUGCGUGCCGUGCACCUUACGACAAGGAGAAUAUCGUAGGGUCGACGGGCCCAAGGUUUGAGAGACUGGCGGCUGAACUGAAAAAGAUGAAGAUUGAACUGAAUAAGAUGAAGAUUGACACGGAAGCGCGUCGCCGGAAGCAGCAGCUCAGUGGCGUGCGAGUGGUUCAACGGAACCUUGUUCACAUAGUAGGGUUGCCGCUUGAUCUGGCGGACGAACACCUUUUGCGGCGGAGAAAAUAUUUCGGGCAGUAUGGGAAGGUUGUGAAAGUUUUCAUCCGGCGAUUUACGGACAAUACGAGUAGUAAUGUAUAUAUUACUUACUCGAAAGAGGUGGAAGCGAUUCGUUGUAUUCAAAGAGUCGAUGGCCGGACGUUCCUCUGGUCGGAUGGUAGAGCUUUGAGGGCAUGCUUUGGUAACGAGAAGCCUGCAACAGAAAAUCAGUUAGCAUUUCAUCGGCAGAUUGACUUUUACCUCCGUUCGCUCACUCUGACUCGCUCGACUCAACUCACCACCACAACCUUCCCCCCCCCCCUCCGCCUCCAAAUGCUUCUUCUCUCUGCAACCACCCACCAGCACCCGUCAAUUUCCACUUCUACCCUCCUCUUUCCCUCUAUUUCCCACAAACUCCCCGCCUCCCUCAAACCCAACGCCACCUCCACUCCCCGACCCCAUGACCUCCUCACCAUCAACGCCUUCUCCCCCUCCUCCCUCCAAAACCCCAACCCUAGCUCCCCCCAGACCAUCCGCCACGUCACUCACUCCGCCUCCGAUGGCGACCCCGAUUCCAAUUCCAUGGUCUCCUCCGCCUCCGCCGUCGCCUCCGCCAUCCGCAGAGCCUCCACUUCGCCCGUCGACUUCAUGCAGAGGAUCGAGAAGGACCAGAAGGGCGGCAUCGUGCUCCCCAGCCCCGACUUUCAAAGACUCUGCAUUCAGCAGUUGGACCUCUUUCGCCGAACCGUCGACCCCGGUGCUCUCCUCUCGGUGUAUGUACGACCAGCUGGUAGUUAUGUGAUGGACCGAUUAGAGCUGCGUAGGGUAAUUUGCCAUCCGGGAGUGAAGGCAUCAGACAUUGUGAUAUUAGUCGGAAGUUUUAGUGUUGCUGCUGGUUUUCGCGCCGCAGAGGCCGUGCUCUCCAAUCACAAAGUGGAAGUUGUAGCUGAGUGUAAAGCUGUGGUUUUUCCGAUGGUGAAGCACCCCUUUGUGGUAGGCUUCUUGGUUGCUGAACUUCCCGGGAUGGAAAUGCCUCCGCCACCCGGGAGUGUUCAGGGUGAGGGUCGUGAUUUGGUUUGCCGCCCGACUCCCGAGGAAGCCUAUGCUUUGCCUCCAAGCUCCAAUGUCAAAUCUUGGGGUACUCCUCGCAGUCUGGAUGAUCAUGCCGAACCAUCAUUAAGAGUUUACAAGUUUAGUGCUGAGCAGAUAUCAAAUGCAAUCAACAUUUCUCGGUCUAUAGCUUUGGCGUAUGUUAUGGAUCAGAAGGCAAUGCUACUCCAGCAGUCAUCAUGGCAGAAUAAUGUAAGGAUGGGUAGUCUGGUUGAACAAAUACGUGGUCCUCUUUCUAGCCUUCGAACCUUAAGUAAAAUGUUAUCCAUGCAUAUGAAGAGGAGUGAGAUUUCUUAUGACAUUGUUGAAAAUAUACGGGUGCAAGGCGAUCAUAUGAAAGAUACCCUUCAGCAACUCCAGGAUGCUGUUUACUUGACCAAGGCUAAUAUCAUGCGCUCUGGUGAACAUGAUUCAACAUAUUCCUAUCCUGACUCAGCGAGGUCUCGGUUAAUGAAUAACCUUCCAAGGGAUAGUUCCAGCAUUAAGAUGCAAGUUCCAAGCGAACAACAUUCUCUAAAUGCCACAGCCAAAGAUACGGAGAUGCCCAUGCCACCCCUAGCCCUUGCUCCUUUACAGCAAAAUGGGAUUAGACCAUGCAAUGUUUCUGAUAUACUCGUAGAUUUGGUUGAAGCUGUACGACCUCUUGCUAAAAACCAGGAGCGUGUGGUAGAACUGAAUGAACUUGGAAACUCUUUGCAAGUUGCUGUAGAAGAACCUGCUUUGCGACAGGCUCUGAGCAAUUUAAUCGAGAGUGCAUUACUGCGUACGCACAGUGGGGGAAAGGUAGAAAUUGUGUCUACUGGAGCACCAGCAGGUGGUGCUCUUGUGGUAAUUGAUGACGAUGGGCCUGAUAUGCACUAUAUGACACAAAUGCAUUCUCUCACUCCUUUUGGAGCCGAUCUCUUCUCAGAAAAUAUGGUUGAAGACAACAUGACCUGGAACUUUGUGGCCGGACUGACAGUUGCUCGUGAGAUCCUCGAAAGUUAUGGCUGUGUUGUCCGUGUCAUAUCACCCCGAAUCACAGAUGCUGAACUUGGAGCAGGUGGAACUCGAGUAGAACUGUGGCUGCCUUCUCUCAUGGAAAUGUCCGAUAUUGAUGACCCUGCUCAGGAGGCGUAGCAAGAAUUGAAGCUUUCAUCGGUAAGAUUGUUCAAAGAUCAGAGAAUUAAUCCUGCCUCUAUCUGAUGAUUUGCGAGAAAGAGGUGGUAGAAUUCGGAAAUUGUUUCCUUGAUGAUGCGUCUAAACCUAAGACUUGCAAUUUGGUGGAAGUUCUGUAUAGUUUCCCCCGUUCCACACCAUGCAUACUCUUGUACAUAAAAUAAGGCGCUAUCGGAAGCCGCAUGCGUAUAUGCACCAAGUGUGGUUUCCUGUUUGAAGAUUCAUCAGUCGUAUGUAAAAGUUGUCCGUAAAGCUUACAAACUUAUAAGAGUAUAAAACACCUUGCAAACUUGAUUU